CAACACUUAAAAAUUGUUGACAGUUGCAUCGGCAACGUAUUUAUAUUUAACCUCAAUUCGUUAUAAAGUUGGAAAGAUGAAGUCUUCAAAAUUGUUUUUUAAUUGUUAUUAUUCACGUUUUCAUUCACCUUUUAAUAAAUCCGCGAGUACGCGAUUAGUAGCUGCUAUAAGACGACAGAUGGGGCAGUAUUCGAAGGAACAAUUUGUGAAAUUUAAGCAAACAUAUUUGCAGAAUAGGACGGAGCUCGAGCCAAAGGAAUGGCGCAAUAUCAAGCAAACGCUGAAAAGUGAAUUUAAGCACAUUAACGAUGAUAAUAUCGAUGCUACAAUUCUUGGUGCAUGUCAAUCUGAGCAAUUGGAGUUGGCCAAAAAUUAUAUAGACUUUAUUGCACAUAGUGGAGGGCAGCCAAAUGAUGCAACCUUGGGUUAUCUAUUAAGGAUUUACAAUGCUAAAUAUCAUUCGAAUGGCGGUUCACCGGAAUCGUUAUCAGAUGGCGAUCAAGCGGACGUUCUGAAUAUUUGGGGAAUUUUAACAGAAAGGCAUAAGAUUUUGGAUUCAACGCUUUGCGAGAAUUUGAUCGCUGGAUUAGUAACUACACGUAAAUGGCGAGAAGGUUUAGAAUUACUGAAUAUGAUAAAAAUUACAAAGAGACCGAGCAUUUUUGCUUACACUGAAUUCAUUGUAAAGGCCUUUUCAAUGAAAGAUUUAUCGCUUGGUUGGUCACUAUUCGGAGAGAUGAUGGAAACAAUUGAUGAUAGUAGGCAACCCGAUUGCAAAAUCUUUUUAACUUAUCUUAACGCAGUGUCAGAUGGUGUUCAAGACGUUACAAGUGGUCUUGAAAAAAUGUUGCAAACUUUGCAAAAAUACGAUUUACUUAUCAGUGUAAAAGUAAUUGAUUCCAUUAAAAUGAUAACUGCAGCAUAUCCGAAUCGUUUGCAAGCGGCCAAUUGUCACAUAAAUCAAAUUGGAACAUGUUCCAGGUGUAAACUAAACUUGCAAACGAAGGCACUCAGUAAUGCCGAUUUUGAAAAAUUAAGAAAUUCUCUUUUAAAGAAAGUUGUUAUCGGCGGAGAUGUUUUCCAAAAAUCGACCCCAAAGGAAGUGAACGAAUUCUUAAAUUUCGUAGAUCGGACCGGACCAUAUGACUGCGUGAUUGAUGGUCUCAACGUAGCUUAUUCUAAGGGUAAAAAGAAUCCUCAAUCACUUGCCAACCUGUUGGUCUCGGUUGUAAAACACUUUGCAGACAACAACAAAUACGUAUUAGUAUUGGGACGGAAACAUAUGAAUAAAUGGCCUAAGAAUAGCAUUCAAUACGUGAGAGAUAACGCGGCAAUGUUUUUGGCAGACAAUUUGUCACAAGAUGAUCCCUUCCUUCUGUAUGCAGCAUUAAAAAGCGGUCCAAAGACAGAUAUUUUUUCGCGUGACCUUAUGCGUCAACAUGCUUACUUAUUGGGCUCUGAACUCAAAUGCAUAUUCAGACAAUGGCAACAACAGCAUCAAUAUUCGCUAGUUACCAAGACAGGCAGCGGCAAAAUUUUAAUUAAGGAACCUACGCGGUACCUAUGUUGCGCUCAUAAAACUGAAAGUACGUGGCAUAUACCAUUUAAAAUGCAAUACACUUUGCAUUCAAGCGACAGUUUUGAAAUUCCAGAACACUGGCUGUGUUUAAAUAUUAAAAAAAUUUAAAUUUAACAAAAAAUUUUUC